UACAUUGCCGUCAACGCAGGGCCCAGCUAGGCGUGGACUCGCUGACUCCAACCAGCGGUGAUGCCUCGACCGGCGAUGAUCAGCGAGUCGCCAAAAUCAUUCCCUUUUACCUCAAUCGAACUGUUUUUUAGGGCUGCUACUUUUGCUUCAGAUGCUAAGAUCUCGUGCUCCUUUGCUCUGUAAUGGGACGGUAGGCCACUGCCUCUCUAUCCGGGCUUUUUGCCGAAAGCCAUUGUUGGUUUCGGUCCCACAGAUGCGAAAGUGGCUCCGAUGUUUCGACCAUCAAAAUAGAAUCUCCAGAGUUCCACCAGGUUUCAUGAGAAGACUCACAGGUCAGUUGAAUGAAAAGUUUUCAUCAGCCUCAGUAAAUUCUUCAUCCAAUAUGUCGCCUUUGUUGUCUGAUGCUGAGAUUCUUCCCGGAAGAAGUGAUGACCACGGAGGAGUAGUUGUUGAAAUAAAUGGUGCCCCAAUGAGUUCUGAUUCUUUUCUCUCUUCAUUAAAGGCAUCAAUAUCACAGUGGAGGCAACAGGGGAAAAAAGGUGUUUGGUUGAAAUUACCCAUAGAACAUGCAAAUCUUGUCCAGUCUGCUGUUGAGGAAGGAUUUUGGUACCACCAUGCAGAACCGAGUUAUUUGAUGCUUGUGUACUGGAUCCCUGCUAGUAAACAUACAUUGCCUUUGAAUGCUACGCACAGGGUUGGCGUUGGUGCAUUUGUGAUUAAUCAGAAAAGAGAGGUAUUGGUAGUCCAGGAAAAGAGUGGGAAACUUCGUGGCUCUGGUUAUUGGAAAAUCCCUACAGGCGUUAUUGAACAUGGUGAAGAUAUAUUUGCAGGUGCUGUAAGGGAAGUCAAGGAGGAAACUGGAAUUGAUGCUGAAUUUCUGGAAGUGCUUACGUUCAGGCAAAGCCAUAUGUCAUUUUUUGAGAAGUCUGAUUUGUUCUUCGUGUGCUUGAUGAAGCCUCUUUCAUUUGACAUUCAAAAGGAAGAAUCAGAAAUUGAAGCAGCUCAGUGGAUGCAGGUUGAAGAAUUUGCCUCCCAACCUGUAGUUCACAAGCAUGAGCUUCUCAAAUACAUGGUCGAGGUGGGACUGGCAAGGUUUGAGAAGAACUACAGUGGCUUCUCUCCAGUUUCUAUUACAUCUGUCUUCUCUAACAAACAGAGCUCUCUCUAUCUUAAUACUGAUUAUUUGAACAGUUGCUCUUCCUGAUGUGAUAAUCUUUAUUGAGGCUACUUUUACAAAUCGGUAAUUUGUGUAAUUAUUUGUAAUUAAUGCUUCUUGUUUGACUGCGGCGAGACUAUCAAGUCAUCGAGAUCUUGCGCACUUACUCGUGUCAUAAUGAUUGAGGGUGCAGUUUCUCACAGUGAGGUCGCGAGUUCGGAUCGUGCAUAUUAUCCUUCCAUAUGCCUUCUAUUUUAGCUCGAUAUCAUAUGUAUAAGGUUUCUAGAUUUCUUAUAAUUACUAUAUACACUGCCAAGUUUUCUUCUUAAUAUAUGAUUAAUCUUCGGUAAUUUCUA